AUGGCGUGGUCGUCCGAAACGCCGUCGUAUUGCGGGUGGAACGAGCUGAAUGUGAAGAACGCGAAAGGGAAGACGGAGGUUCAUUAUUACCUAGAGAGGAAAGAUGGAUGUGCAGAUCUGGCUGUUGUUGGGAGGUUGAAGAGCUCUUCUAAACGCAUGUCCUUUAGAUACGCAUUGAAAAGGAACCGCUCUGUUUUGAAGAAGCUUAGCUCUUUUGAAGAUGUUAAGUGUUGGCUUGAUUCGAUUGUUUCUGGUGAGAUACCUCAUGUAGCAGAUGUGCCAGCUACUACUAUGACUGAACAAGCUGCUGGAGGAUUCAAUAUUGGCUCUUUUAUGAAUGGUAAGCCUCAAGAGCUUGUUCACCCGAACAUACAUUUCUCCUGGAUGGGUCUUUCCUGGACUUGCAGGAAACGGCGUAAGCAUUAUCCAUCUUUCUCCCGGAAUGGUGUCAGAGUCUCGGUGAAUGAUUUUGUGUAUGUUUUAGCGGAGCAACACAAGAGACUCAUUGCAUAUUUGGAAGAUCUUUAUGAGGAUUCUAAAGGCAACAAGAUGGUCGUGGUACGGUGGUUUCACAAAGCUGAUGAAGUUGGUAUUGUUUUGACCGACGAUGCUAAUGAGAGGGAGAUUUUCUUUUCUCAUUGUCGUCAAGAUAUCAAAAUUGAGUGCAUAGAUGGGUUGGCUUCUGUUCUCAGUCUUCAGCAUCACGAGGAGCUUCUCAAGGUGCCAAUGCAUUUUCAGCGAGUACCUUUCUUCUGCCAGAAAUUAUAUGGAGAUUCUGGCAUAGAGCCUUAUGACAUUACACAAUUACAAGGUUACUGGAGACAAGAAAUGGUUAGAUACUUGAAUGUUUCCAUUUUAAAGUCAGGUGAAGGUGUCCAUGCCCUUGGCACUGACCCAGUAGCAGGAGCUUCUCUGACUGGUUCUGAUGGGAUUAAAUCAAGGAAACGGCGUCGCUCUGCAGAUGACAUCAAAGGUGACUGCAAAGCUAGCCCCAAAUCUGUUGACUCGGAGGCUUCAGAUGCUUCUAUGUGCAAGGACGCAGAGGAUCGUUCGUCCCAUCUCAUUAAAAAGGGUUCACUUGUUGAAGUUCUUUCCCAAGAUAGUGGCAUCAGAGGUUGUUGGUUGGUUGCAUUGAUAGUAAAGAAACACAAGGAUAAGGUUAAGGUCCAGUACCAAGACAUUAUGGACGCAGACGAUGAAUCAAAAAAGCUAGAGGAGUGGAUUUUGGCAUCUGGGGUUGCUCCUAGUGAUCAUCUGGGUCUUAGAAUCACAGAACGGCAAAUAGUGCGUCCAAAUCUGAAGCCUAGCAAUGAAAGUCAUGUGUGGGCUGUUGAUGUUGGUAUGCCUGUGGACGUGUGGUGGUGUGAUGGAUGGUGGGAAGGUAUCGUGGUGGAGAAAGUUUCAGAAGAGAAAUUUGAAGUUUACUUACCAGGCGAAAAGAAAAUAUCUUCCUUCCAUCGUAGUGAUCUCAGACAAUCUUUAGAAUGGUCGGCAGAUGAGUGGGUUCAGAUGAAAUCAAGAUCAGAUCUCGUGAGUUCUGUCCUAUCCUUGAUGAAGAAGAAAGAGGUUGAGGUGAAACCUGAGGAGAAGCUAUGUGAAGUUGGUGUUGGCGUUAUGUCUUUAAAGGAUGAAGCUAAAGUAACAAUAUCUCUUCCAGUAGCUACAACCAAUAAGCCGUCUACCAAACUACCAGUUCCAGAGCUUCUAAAACACGUCUUAGUUUCUGACUUGAAAUGGACUGACUCUAACAAGCGUAAAAGAACUGCCAGUUACUGUCGGCACGAUCAUAAUAGCUUGGCUGAUGGUUUAUCACGUGAAAGAUCCUUGGAUUUUGAGAAGUGCAGUUCCAUGGGAGAUUCUCUGUUUAGCUCCUCGGUUGCUGUCCCAAGGAAGCGCAAUCGAAUAGUCAGUUGCCGUCCACACGAGCCUAGCUUGACUGAUGGUUUCUCAUGUGAAAAAUCACUGGCUUGUGAAAACGGCAUGUUCAUGGGAGACUCUGUAUUUGGCUCUUCUGUUGGGCAGCCUUGGACUGGCCUAGUAAUGUCAGGAUGUUGA